AUAAUAUAGCUAGCGGUCUAGUAAGCAAUGGUGGGUUAGUUUCAUCGAUAUAGUAAUCUAAGCGCUCACGUUACCGCACCGUAAUGUCACUUAUCUGCCAAGUUACGGACGGAAUCACGAUCCACGAUUCUGUCUGCCAGUCUUUGUUUCUUCGUGCUUGCGUUUUUGUUGAAAAUAACAUAAUUUUUUAUGAAAGUUUCUAGUGAAUUUAAUUUAUAAUUGUUUGAUAUAUAAAUUGUUACUCUGAAACAUGUAAUACAAUGCUUUGAUUAUUUGCCAGUAACUCGGACGUCCUAAAAACAUUGGUCAUGAGUUAUCAGGACGAACCAAGUUAUGGAAGCUCCUUCCCCAAGGAUUUUAGUUACGGACCGUUCGAGCAAAAUGGGGAGGGUGACAACACGUCAUUGCAAGAAGAUCAUAAACCACGUAUUCUUCUAAUGGGUCUUAGAAGAUCAGGCAAGUCUUCAAUUCAAAAAGUUGUAUUUCAUAAGAUGUCCCCAAAUGAGACAUUGUUUUUGGAAUCUACAAACAAGAUUGUAAAAGAUGAUAUAAACAACAGUAGUUUUGUUCAAUUCCAAAUUUGGGACUUCCCAGGUCAAAUAGAUUUUUUUGAUGCUACUUUCGAUUCUGAUACAAUAUUUGGAGGUUGUGGAGCUUUGGUAUUUGUAAUAGACGCACAGGAUGAUUAUCAAGAUGCCUUAGACAAACUGCAACUCACAGUUACUAAAGCUUACAGAGUAAAUAAUAACAUCAAAUUUGAAGUGUUUAUACAUAAGGUUGAUGGACUCAAUGAUGACUACAAGAUGGAAUCUCAAAGAGACAUCCAUCACCGCGCAAAUGAGGAUCUUGCUGAAGCUGGACUGGAGCAUGUUCAUCUAUCUUUCCAUUUGACAUCUAUCUAUGAUCACUCUAUAUUUGAAGCUUUUAGUAAAGUUGUCCAAAAGUUGAUUCCACAACUUCCAACUUUGGAAAAUCUUCUCAACAUUUUAAUAUCAAACUCAGGCAUAGAAAAGGCCUUCCUUUUUGAUGUGGUGUCCAAAAUAUACAUAGCAACUGAUAGCUCUCCUGUUGAUAUGCAAAGUUAUGAGCUUUGCUGUGAUAUGAUUGAUGUUGUCAUAGACAUAUCAUGUAUUUAUGGCAUGGUAGACGACAGUGAAAUGAAUACAUUCAACAGUCAAAGUUCUAGUCUCAUCAAGCUGAACAAUGGCACAGUGCUGUACCUGCGUGAAGUUAAUAAAUUCCUCGCUCUUGUAUGUAUACUUCGCGAGGAGAAUUUCCAAAAACAAGGUGUCAUUGACUACAACUUCCUGUGCUUCCGCGAUGCGAUUACUCAGGUUUUCGAGCUACGGAAUAAGUGUCAGAAUGCCAUGGCUAUGGCUAGGGCCAGGUCGGGAACCCCGGAGCCGCUGGCCAAUGGUGCUGCCGUCGAAUCCACGGAGAGCAAUUCAGACCGCUCUCAAACUCAACUUCCAUAGCACUUUGUACUAUCCUUGUAUGUAUCCUGUAUUUAGCGUUAAAACUAAAACUCAGUAAUGUUAAUAUUUCAUUUAAAGAGUUUAAUAAUGUGAUGAAUAAAGUAUAAAUAUGUUUUAUA